ACAUGAUGUGCCUCGUGCUAGCGGAAGCGUGAUGGCGCGACGCGGUUGCAGCAGCAGCAGCGGCUGGCUGCUGCUGCUGGCUCGUGCUGCUGCGACGCGAGGGGACUCGUUUUCUCGGCGGACACACGCUGAUUUUGCGCGGAAAGGGAAGCACUAUAAGCCUCGCCGCUGCCAUCCUUCAGUUGCAGGCUUGUGUCUUCUUGUGUUCCUCUGUGGCUCACUACAAGCUUUUUCCCUUCUUCGUGGGUCUGUUGAGCACAAGAUUUCUGGAGUAACUGCCGGCGUGUGAGCGGUCGUUUAUUUUCUUUUGUUGGGUCUUUUUGCAUUUGAUUGGGAGGGUGCCCACGACGGGGCAACUCUUGGCCAGCUAAGGAGCCGGCUCACAAAGUCUUACCGCUUAACUCCCGCAUUCUUUCCGGUAUGGAACGUCGCACUGUGGCUGCCCACCCGUGGCACGAUCUGGAAAUCGGUCCUCAGGCACCUGCCAUUUUCAACUGUGUUAUUGAAAUCGGAAAGGGGAGCAAAGUCAAGUACGAGCUUGACAAGAAGAGUGGUCUGAUCAAGGUUGACCGUAUCCUGUACUCAUCGGUUGUGUAUCCCCACAACUAUGGUUUCAUCCCCCGCACGCUCUGUGAAGAUGAGGAUCCCAUCGAUGUCCUUGUCAUCAUGCAGGAACCUGUUCUCCCUGGAUGCUUCCUUCGCGCUCGCGCUAUCGGCCUUAUGCCCAUGAUUGACCAAGGUGAGAAAGAUGAUAAGAUCAUCGCUGUCUGUGCUGAUGAUCCCGAGUACAGAGACUUUAAGGACAUCAAGGAGCUUCCACCUCACCGUCUUGCAGAAAUUCGUCGGUUUUUUGAGGACUACAAGAAAAAUGAGAACAAGUCAGUUGCUGUUGACGAAUUCCUGGGUCAUGAGGCUGCUAUUGCCGCUAUCGGCCACUCGAUGGAUUUGUAUGCCUCGUACAUUGUGGAGAGCUUGCGCCAGUCUCAUGCUCCAGUGCCUAAUAAAACUAUAUCUCGAACCGAAUCGUCGAAAAUGAUGUGCGGUUCGUCGCUGCGUCAUAGACUUCGUUCGGAGAGAAAGUCUCUUUUGAAAGAGGAAGUGCAAGAGGAGCCCAUCGCGGGGCAGAUCUCAGACUCGUCGCUCCAAAGUACGGCAACUGAGGUGCAGAAUGGUAGCAGCUGAGCUUCACUGAACGGCAACGCAACUGCCGAACUGCCGCUCCAUGCGGCUGAAAUGCUUCAUACGUGUUGCAUUUGAUGGCAGGAGCAUACGACUCUACUAAAGUGCGCUUAUUGAACACAAGGAUUUUCUGUGAUAUCUACUAUUCUAGUUCCAUGUACAAAAUUGAGUGCAUGAUGUCAUUCUGAAGGUAUAAGUCAUCGUAGUUACGUAUUACGUAAUUAACGUUCUCGAAUGAGUUUUUCGGAGAGUGUUUCAGAAUAUUAUUCUGAUAGUCGAAAUGACUUGCUCUCCCAUGAAAUUAAAUUUUUAACCUUCACUAUUGUUGUCAUAUGCAAAGUACAUACGACUAAUGAAAAUGCAAGUGAUUAAUUAGAAAUUUGCAA